GAUUAAUAAAAGAGAGAGAGAGAGCUAGGAAAGAAGAGACUGGCAGAAUGGGUGAAGAGAGAGUCAAGGACGAAAGACGCAGAGAGAGAGAGAGCUGUUAACUUGCUGACUAGUCAGUCAUCAUGAUGCAUAAAGUCUGGAGUUACAGGAAGAAAGCAUCAGCUGAGGAUCGGUGUCACUGAGCACAGGCGUUUCUUAGCUUUCAAAGACAGGACCAUUUCCAUGAGGAAGAAGACAUAUGACUUCUGGAUAUCUAGCAUACAGCUCUCACUAUUUUUUCUUUUUUUGGACACAAAAUAUUAUGAAGAUGUCAACCACAUUUCAGGACUUAAAUCUCUAAUUGCAGAAGGCACACACACUAACCUUUAUUCUGUGACAAUAACACAAUACAAUUUGUAAUUUAUUCUUUAUUUCUAUAAUUCUAUAAGUGAUAUCACAUACAGAAAAUACACAAACAUUAACUUUUUUGUAUUUAGUGACACUCAAACUGUUAGGAUGUGGUCUUGUAUAACAGACUUUUUCACCUACGAAACCACCAAGUCGGUGGUAGUGAAGAGCUGGACCAUCGGCAUCAUCAACCGUGUCGUCCAACUUCUCAUCAUCACGUACUUCGUUGGGUGGGUCUUUGUCUAUGAAAAGGCGUACCAGGUGAGAGACACAGCUAUCGAAUCCUCUGUGAUGACCAAGGUCAAAGGUUUUGGAAUCUACAAUGACAAGGUCAUGGAUGUUGCAGACUACGUCACUCCUACGCAGGGGGCUUCAGUCUUCUGCAUUAUCACCAAACUGAUCACUACAGAGAACCAAGUCCAAGGAUACUGUCCUGAGAGUGAGAAGAAGUAUAUUUGUACCCACGACAGCAACUGCACCAGACACCUUAAUAAGCCAGGAAGUUAUGGAAUUCUUACAGGGAAAUGUGUUCCUUUCAAUGCCACCAUCAAAAUGUGUCAAAUAAAAGGGUGGUGUCCUGCUGAGAUAGACACCAUCAAGACUACACCCAUGAUGGAAGUGGAAAAUUUCACCAUCUUCAUUAAGAAUAGCAUCCGCUUCCCAAUCUUCAACUACACCAAAGGGAACUUCCUUCCUACUAUCACUGGUGAUUACAUUAAAAAUUGUAACUUUGACAUGGUCAACAACACCUACUGCCCCAUCUUCAGAGUGGGAGACGUGGUCCGGUAUGCGCAGCAGAACUUCACUAAACUGGCAGACAAGGGAGGAGUGAUUGGCAUAAAGAUCGGCUGGAUGUGUGAUCUGGACAAGUCAGACGACCAGUGUAACCCCUCAUACUCAUUCACCCGACUGGAUGCCAUGUCUCAGAAGAACGCUGUCUCACCAGGCUACAAUUUCAGGUUUGCUAAAUACUAUAAGAUGGAAAAUGGGACAGACUACCGCACUCUGGUCAAAGCCUAUGCUAUUAGGUUUGAUGUUCUGGUUAAUGGAAAUGCAGGGAAGUUCAACAUGAUCCCCACGCUCAUCAACAUGGUGGCAGCCUUCACGUCAGUAGGAGUGGGUACAGUGCUAUGUGACAUCAUACUGCUGAACUUCCUGAAAGGAGCGGAACAGUACAAGGCCAAAAAAUUUGAAGAGGUUUCAGACAGGCCGAUGGAAACCCAAACCAAUGGGCUUUACCGCUCCCAGCUGUCUCUCAGACAUAGCGACACCAUCCUGAGGUCGAGUGACUCAGGAGCAUUUUCUAUUGAACAUUACAGCUAAAUGGUCAGAGAGCAGUGGACUGAGGAGGACAGAUGUGGGCUGGGUUUCUCUUAAAAUGUUUUAGCAGUUUUACUCUUUCAGGGGUCUCUUCAUUAUAACACAGCAUUAUCCACAUGUUCAUGUCACAUGAGGAACCUUGUUGCCCUAAAAUAUUUUUAAACCGGUAGUGAUGAUGAAGAUAUAUUUACAAUAAAUAAAUGAAUAAAUAGAACACAAAUGCAUGAGUAUCUUUGCAUGGUGAUGGUUUUAAAAUCAGACUUUGGCUCAGGAUUUUCUGAGUAGAAGGAAAUAGACCUGGAAAAUAUUUUAUGUUUGAGCUCUCUUUGCUUCUUUUGCAUCUUGUAUUGAAACUGCUAUAAUAUAGCUUCAGUGGUGGAAUACUUGCUCUGCCCUCUUAAUAGUUAUGUGGUAGUUUCCAUUCUGAUAGAAUGAUUCUGUGUAAUGGAGCCAGACUGUGGUUUGGUUUGAUAAGAAAAGCAUUUUCUCUCUGCUGAUUAUGAGCUGAAAUAAAGCCACAAUACAGUGAUGGAGAGCAUGA